UUGACACUGAACUCCUCCCUUUUGCUCCUGCGCUACGCGGAGGCUAUUUUUGGCCCUCCUGUGACAGUCAGAGCGGCUCUCACUGACAGCUGACCACAGGGGCCAAAUCAAAACAAGCACCGCACCUCCACCGACCUGUUACAGCGCAGAGACCCUCACAACACCCCGCCGGCCGGACACAUAAAAGACUCCAACAUCCAAGGAAAAGGUUACAAAUUCAUAAUUCUCCAUCAGCUUCUGAAUUUGAGUGAGUUUAAGCGAUAUGACCUCAAAUGAGGAGGACAAAGACCCUGAUAUCGAGCUUUUCGUGAAGGCUGGCAGUGAUGGAGAAAGUAUCGGAAACUGUCCUUUUUCUCAAAGGCUUUUUAUGAUCUUGUGGCUGAAGGGAGUCGUGUUCAACGUCACCACUGUCGACCUGAAAAGGAAACCAGCUGAUCUUCAUAAUCUGGCUCCUGGUACUCCUCCACCAUUCCUUACCUUCAAUGGCGAAGUGCGAACAGACGUUAACAAAAUCGAGGAAUUCUUGGAAGAGAUGCUAGCGCCUCCAAAGUAUCCAAAACUGGCUGCGAAGAACAAGGAGUCCAACACGGCGGGAAAUGACAUCUUUGCAAAGUUCUCAGCCUACAUCAAGAACACAAAUCCAGGAGCCAACGCAAGUCUGGAGAAGGGGCUACUGAAAGCUCUGAAGAAACUGGACAACUUCCUGAACUCCCCUCUGCCGGACGAGAUUGAUGCCGAUAGUACGGGGGAGGAGAAAUGCUCCGACCGCAAGUACUUGGACGGCAAUGAAUUAACGCUCGCAGACUGCAACCUCCUCCCUAAACUGCACGUAGUGAAGGUGGUUUCUAAGAAAUACCGUAACUUCGAGAUCCCAUCAGAGUUCAGUGGAGUUUGGAGGUACCUGCAGAACGCUUACGCCCGGGAUGAAUUCACCAACACCUGUGCGGCAGACAGAGAGAUUGAACUGGCCUAUCAGGACGUGGCCAAGCGGCUGGGCAAAUGAACUCGCUCUAAUCAGUGACUUUAAUAAUCAUAUGCAAAACUGCUAAAGUGGUGACCUUUCUCUUUGUGAAAGAAUGUCUCCUUCUGAAUUUUUCCUUCAGCAGUUAUUGAGCAGAAUUUGCCUUCAGGACAUUGACUUGGUCCUGUAAUUCUCCUGUCACGCUUGUGUGUACUUCCCAUAGGCUACUAUUGCCAUUAUGUUUACUGUCUGUAAGUGACAUAAACUCCUCUAUUAGUGUCGCUAUCUGUGACGGUCUGUGCCACUGUUUCUCUAUCAAUUUUCAGGGUUGGAUGAUGAUUCUCUUCAUGUAAAGUCCAACUCAUGUUGCAUAAACCUUUCAAAUUUUGCAUUGUAUAAAUUAUUUUUGCUAGCUUGUGAAACAGUGAUAUAAUUUUGUGUUUUAUUUAAGAGUAUGGUAUUUAACCUUAGUAUUAUGGUUAAUGUGU